GCACAUGUUAUGUAGUGCAAUAAAAACAUGGCUUCCACCUCAGCUCACGCAAGACGUGCUGUUUGCCAUAUCCAUUAUUUUACAACAGGCUCCAACAUACUCCCGCGACCCUAAUAAGGAUAUGCGGCAUAGAAAAUGGAUGGAUGGAUAUUAUUAUUAAUUGUAUUUCUACAAUUAAUAAGAUGGCUUAUUUUCUACACAAACGUGCCAGCAUGUGUCGCCUCCUUCUGGACGUUUCAGGGGAGGUGUGUUUUGAUUCUAGGCCUGUAGGGUGCGCAUUUUUCCGUGCAGUGUAAGUGUGACGCGCGUGCAUGAGCUGCUGCCAACCUUCAUGAUGAGAAGCACGACAUCGUCUGUAACCCGGAUCUGCGCCAUCCUAUUUGCUCCAGUCAUGGAGGACUAAUCAGAUCUCAAGUCACCCCCGCGGUGGAGGACACGGCUUGCCCUUUGCCGACGGAGCACACCCUGUUCUAGGUCGAAGAGAGGAUGCUAAUGGCCGGUGUUUGUGGCUUCAGACGCGGGGACGCGGGCAUGGCGCGUCACGCCGUCAGCGAUGAUGGUGAAGGCAUGCAGCCGGCGGACGCUCCUUAGUCUCCCCAUAACCUCACCGGACCACCCCUCAUCCUCCAUUUCCGGCAUUCUCCUCUGUCCUCAUCAUGACAACCACCCUGGAGACGCUGCAGGAGGCCCGCCCUGACCUGGAGCUGAGCCCCAGGCUGCUUGAUGGAUGUGAGGACUCGGCUGGCCGCUACAAGGUGGUUCCCUCCGUUGUCUGCUCCAUGUGCUGCCUCUUUGGCGUCAUUUACUGCUUCUUUGGCUAUCGUUGCUUCAAGGCAGUGAUGUUCCUGACGGGCCUGAUGUUUGGCUCCGUUGUCAUCUUCAUGCUCUGCUACAAGGAGCGCGUGCUGGACACCCAGCUGAGUGUGGAGGCCUCAGUGGGCAUCGGCCUGGGCAUCGGCACGCUCUGCGGCCUGGUCACCAUGCUGGUUCGCAGUGUGGGCCUCUUCAUGGUGGGUCUGCUGCUGGGCCUGCUGGUGGCCGUUGCCACAUUGGUGGGCAUGGAGGAGCUUUCCGACAGUCCGCCACGCUCCGUCUGGGUGCCUCUGGGCGUGCUGCUUGGCCUGGGCAUGCUUUUUGCUGUGCUCACGCUCCAGUGGCAGCGCAUCUUCACCACGCUGUCCACAGCGGUUUUCGGCGCAGCUGUCAUCACCGUAGCGCUGGACUACUUUGUGGAGCUCUUUGCGCUCGUUCUGUACAUGUAUGAGCGCAUGAAGGCUGUGCCCGGCAAGCCAGUUUGCUGGAUUACCUGGGUGGUGCUGGGGGUGUGGCCUGCGCUCACCCUGCUCGGUGUCGUGGUCCAGUGGAAGGUGACUGCUGAGGGCUACUCGCAUACCAAGGUCAUCAUCAGUCGUCAGCAGAGGAGGAUGCAGGUGAUGCGAAUUCGUCAAAGGGACGACCGCUACCGCCACAAGAAGAAGAAGAAGAAGCAUCAGGGCUCCUCCUCCAGUCAACACCAAGCCAAGCAACUCCACCAGGAACCCGCCUACCGCCGCAAGCCAAACCCGAUACGCCGCUAUGACACUGACGUCCUCUCACCGAGUUACAUUCAGAGUUUCCGAGACCGGCAGGUACAGGCGCAGCCUUUCCCAGGACAGUUCCUUGGUGGGCCACAUGCUGCGGUGGAUUUGGGCUACGACUGUGGCUCGACGGCACCCCUCACCAGUGCUGCGGGACCUUCGCUACGAACCUAAUAUGUCACCUUGACUUGGCGGUUACGUGCACCUGUGCUAGUUGUACUCAUGCUGGACUUUAUGUACAGUGGAUGGAAAACACAUUUUCUCAUGACCUCCUCUCACUGCACGUGCACGCACAUACACACACACGCACACAGCAACAGCUACUAUCUGAGGGUUGACAUCUGUUUCAGCAUCUCAGACUGGAUCAGGGAUCCCAAUGCAGACCCACCUCAGGCACAAGCAUCAUCUUAAGUGGUGAUCCUCAGCCUGCAGGCCCUUCUUCUCUGUGCCAUGUAGACUCCAUUUGCCACCUUUAAAAUGGGCCUCGUCCCACUUGGUGCUGGACUAUAACGUCUUCAAGUGGAUUUUGCUGUAACGGGUGCCUUGCCCUUCCUGUGACGGGAGGGGUGUUACUGGCAGAUCUCUCACAGGUUGCCAGUGUUUGGGUGCUCACAGGAGAGCUACAGGGUCACAUUCAGGGGUUGGCUCACUGUCGUCACCACGCCUGAGCCUGUGAGGAGCCAACUGCAAGAAAGCCAUAUGUAUAGUGGCACCCCGCCGGAACUCUCCUAACACAGGUGGCUGGAAACCUCCCAAAAUUAAUCUCAGCUUCAGAACCCCAAAGAUCAUCUCUACCAGGCUCUAGUAAGCACUUGACACAUUGGGUUUGAGGCGUUACACUGUCGCACUGUUCCAACGUCCAGUUGUUGUGCUACAAGGCAGCCUGGUGUUCACAUUAUUGUGUUCCAGAGGCAGGUGUGAAGACAAGGCUGUGAAGAUCUUAUUUGCACCGUUUCUGUAAAAAUGUGAAAGUCUUGACCUUUAUAAUCACAGAGAGAGAAUGUACAAUAUGUUUGCAUGAGCUCAACCCAGAUGGUGGCUUCCUUUAGGCUCCAAAAACCCACAAAGCCCUUUACGUGCACCCAGCAGUCAACUUUGUACAGAAGAUCUUUUUUUCUUGUUUCUUUGUUUUAUUCAAAACCUUCCUUUGAUAGGAAUUUAUAAGGUAACAGUUGUUUUCCGUUUGAUGUAGUUCAGUUGCGACAUUAAAGCAUGCCUUCCUGUG